CUGACAAUUUUUUUAUUUUUGGGUGAACUAACCCUUUAACAACAUAAGGAGCAAAGACAAGAACUGAAGUUAAAGGUGUUGAUGCUGUAGUUUGUUUCAGCCUGUUGACACCAAUAAAAAAAAUAAUGUGCCAAUUUACAGAAGAUCUCAGACAUCACCAUAAUGAAUGAGCUGAAAACAGGGAGCUUUUGCAUACAAAAAGGUUUUUCAGCUGCUCAGUUUAACAUGAUGGCCCUGUACUUUUUAAAUGCAGAUUGGAUAAAAACACAGUGAUCACAGUUCACACCUGCAGUGAAGCCCCUCCCACAACAAUUCACCAAUAAAUACUGGGGAUAUUCACAUCAUCCUACAAGAGAAGGACGAACUCUAGGAGUAGCAGCUGAGAUCUGUGUGACUGUUAAAGAUGGAGUUUAUUAAAGAGGAGAUUGAAGACAUGAGUGAUCCAGAACCAUCCAGAAUAAAACAUGAAGAUACUGAGGAACAAAUAGACCAGGCGAGACUAAAAGAGCAAAGAAAAGAACUGAAUGUUGUGGAGGAGGAACAUCGUAACUUUACAAUUCAAAGAACAAAAGCCAAAAAGACGCACACCUGCACUCAGUGUGGAAAGAGUUUCUCAGAGAAAAGACACCUUAACACACACAUGAGGAUUCACACGGGAGAGAAACCGUACACAUGCACUCAGUGUGGAAAGAGUUUUUCUCGAGCAUCAGCUCUCAGUGUUCAUCUGCUCAUUCACUCUGGAGAAAAGCCAUUUAACUGUGAUCAGUGUGGUAAAGAUUUUAUUUCAUCAGCAAAUCUAAAAUCACACCUGAAAGUUCAUUCAGAUAAGAAGCCUCAUGUGUGUUCUCUCUGUGGAAAGAGUUUUUCAAGGCUGGGCAGUUUUAAACGGCACCAGAAAACACAAUGAAGUGAGAGAUUAUAUGUGCUUUGACUGUGGGAAGAGCUUUACUAGAUUUCGUGAUCUGACACUGCAUCAAAGAAUUCAUACUGGAGAAAAACCUUACAAGUGC